AUGUCAGAAGUUAGAAAAAAAUUACGCAAGAGAGUUCGAGUUACCGAAGCAAUUCCUAAUGAAAUUCCAAAGAAGACUAAUAAAUCCAACAAGACUACCGACGCUGAUGAGCAUACCGCCAAAAAAAUUAAAGAAACGGCUAAACCAUUUACGCGAGGAGUAUCAUUAACUCUCGAUUUAACGGAUAUGAUAAAUAAUCCACUUUACAGCGAUAUUAUUAUUACAUGUAAAGAUGGAGAAGAAUUGAAUGCUUGUAAAUUACUUUUAUCCGCUCGUUCGGAAUAUUUUAACAAAUUAUUUUCCUCAACUAAACAAGAAGCGAAAGAUUCAACAAACAAAAUUAACAUAGCAGAAUUACCUUCUUCAGCUGUCAAAGUUGUAUUAGAAUAUCUUUAUACUGGGAAUGUUUCUGACAAAACAUUAACAAUAGACAUCUUAUCAGACGCGUAUAAUGGUGCAACAGUCUUUUUACUUCCAAAUUUGAAAGAAAUGAUUGUUCAAUUUAUGAAAACAUACAUGAAACAUCGUCAUAAUGUUAGUAGUAGUAAUCAAAUAGCAAAAAUUCUAUCAAAAGUGUCUGAUAAUUCUAUUAUCACCACUCUUUCAUCAUCGGAUGAUGAUAAUCAACUUAUCGAUGAAAUUUGUAGAUUUUUAAUGUCAAAAUCUCUAUAUAACAUAGAAUAUCAAAAUUUUUCAUCAAAAGCUUUGGAAUUUCUUCUUCAUCGCACGUUAAAUAUAAAGGAAGGGAAUUUUGUUACUCCGGAGUAUGAUGUAUUUAAAUAUUGUAUAUUGUGGGCUGUAGAUCAAAUUUCAAGGAAUGAUGUUCUUAAUUUUUGGUUACUUUUACCAAAUAAUGAAGAUUCUGAAGGACAGGAAUCUUUUUGUAGAGAAUGCAACCCGAUUGAUUCAAAUAAUGAAUUAUUAAAACAACAUAGGAGUACAAUUUCUUCGAUAUUGAAAUCUAUUCUAAACUAUAUUGAUUUCCGUCUUAUUCAUCCUAAUAUAUUAGCCAAUGUGAUUGAACCUUUGGAAAUUGUAAAUCCCUCAAUUCUUAUAGCCGCUUAUCGAUACCAGGCUCAAUUGAAUGAUGGUUUUGUUCAAACGAGGCGGGUGCAAGGGUAA